AUGGGUCUCAUGGACAAGCUGAUGCGCAAUUACGAAAUCUGGAAGAUCGGCAAAUAUACCAAGCGCAGGGCAGCACUCACCCCCGAGUUCGAACAGCGCGACAGGGACUACUACGAAUCCAACUACAAGGACGGCAUCUACACCCAAAACCAGGUUGGAAACGACAGCGUCUCCCGCGCAAUGUCCUUCAAGCGUGCCCUUUCUCGGAAGGACACAAAGGCCGUCCGGAGCAGUGAAGUCUACAACGACAAUCCCCAUGGCACCUUCAGACCAAUCAGGAUGGCUUUGGGAUAA